AUGGUCUUCGCACUCCGAACUCGCUACCCAGAGUUCCCAGCGGAGAACGAGGGCGAGAAGCCACACAGCUUCACUCGCGUGCUGCUCAACACAGUGCAGAAUGAGUUCGAGAGCCUUCCGACCACAUUCGAGCCGACAGACGAGGACCGAAAGAAGUUCGAGUCUACCGAGGACCUGAACCUCGAGAUGAAGAAGCGCAAGGGCAAGAUGCUUGCUAACAUGAAGUUCAUCGGCAAUCUUUUCCUCCGACAGCUGUUGGCUGUGAAGGUCAUCGGCCAGGUCGUCCACGACUUGAUUGGCAUCAAGCAGGGAGAAAACCCUCUGCCCGAAGAGCAUAUGAUCGAGUGCGUGUGCGAGCUUCUCCAGGCCAUCGGCUUCACUCUUGAUGAGACUCAACAGGGCGAGUCGCUGAUGAACUCCUUCGCGGCGCGCCUGAAAGACUUGUCCGGCGUGCGGAACAACGGCAAGCAUGCCUACAGCAAGCGCAUUCAGUUCCAGAUCGACGGACUCUUGGAAUUGCGCAAAAACAAGUGGAUGAAGAAGCUCUUCAAGGAGCAGGCGAAGACCAAGAACGCAGUACGUGAGGAGGCAGAGCGAGAGCAGCGCAGUCGGGCUCCGGGACCGGACAACAUGUUUUCCGUCCAGACCGUCGGUGUGCGACCUGCCUACAUGGAUGAGAUCUCUGCCGCGAAGAAGCGAACGAAGCAGGUGGAUGCCGGUGCUUCCAAGCCCAAGUUCGACAAGCAGUACGUCAAGAAGAUUUGCCAGUACUAUGGCGAAGACCAGCAGGGUGACACGCUGCAGGAAGACUGGACCAAAGCGCAGCCCACCAAGGAGGACACCAAGCAGGGCUUGGAGUGGCUGCUGGAAACUGGCUUCGACGACCCGAACAAGCAGGACGUCACGGCCCAGGUCAUGGCCGAGCUUGUGCGCAGAAAGCUCAUUCCUUGGGAGACGCUCAAGGACAGCCUCACCAACAGCCUUGCCAGCCUCCCUGACAUGAAGAUGGACACGCCAACUGCAGACGUCUUUGUCCACUCACUUUUUGCUCGGCUCCUGAUGCUGGGUGACGGGUUCAACGCCAUUGUUCUCAAAGCCCUCGCGACCUUCGUCUCCAAUGACGACAACAAGAGGCUAGGGUGGAGUCUCCUGAUUGGCAUCAUGAAGAGACUCAAGACCGAGAAGGCCAACGAUAUUGUGCAGAAGGCCCUCCAAAAGAGCGAGUUCAUCAGCAUCGCUGCCACGGCCAAGGGCUGCACUGCGCAGGAAGCCAAGAAGCAGCUGGAGUCAGCCUAA